CCCUGCCGCCGCUUGCCCGGCGCGCAGCGUCAUCCCUCUUGCUCCCCUCGCCCAACGGCAACGUAUCUGCCCGCCUGCCCUGCAGCCUCAUCCGCUCGUCAUCGCAGCCCGCCAGCAUCAGAUUCUCUACUAAACCCUCCAGUUGCGGUUUCUAAUCCAGACCAGAUAACCCCACUCCAAUUAUUUUUCUCGGAGCCAAUCAAUUCCAUUUCACCUUUCCUCCCCCACCACCGAUGGAUUGAUGCAGCUGCCGUUUCGCGGACCGUGGUGGUAACUGCCGUGCCCACCCCACGCCCACCACCACCACCUUCUUUCUUCUGCGAUUUUCACCCUCGACACGACUCGACUCGACUCCAAGGAGGCGCCUGUCUCCUCCAACCUCCUGCCAUCUGCCAACGGAACAACCUGUGUGUCACGGUGUCACCGGGGCCGGCCUCAUUUCCCGUCUUCUUGCUCACGCCGCUGCCGGUUCCCGAGGUUCCCCUCCCCUUGGGUUCAAUCUCCAGAGUUCAGCGUCCUCCCUCCUCCGGGUUCUUGGCUUUGGGCGGAGGCAGGCCUGCGUGAUGACGGCCGGUUCUUGAGAAGCAAGCACGCGGCUUCUCUCUCUCUCUCUCCUCCCAGCGAAGGCGUUCUAGCCUUCUUCGGUUUGGGUUCGGGGCUCUUGCUCGUGAGCUCUGCGGAAUUGGGAACUCUGGCAGGAGCGGAUUGGAGGAAAGUUGUUGCUUGGGAGGAUUUUGGUCGUCCAGUGACUCGUCGGUCGUUCAGAAUUGGGAGCUUUGGAGGAAAAGUUGAGUCUUGGCCUCUUGUUUGGCUUGGAGGAGGCCGAGGAAGUCGCCGCCAAUGGAGCCGCCGAGUGGGUUCUGGGCCUCCCUCUUGAGCUUCCUCAAGUUCCUGCCCUACUUUUGCGGCCUCCUCAUCCUGGGCUUCAUCAAAGGUGUUCUGCUGUGCCCUUGGGCAUGCCUUAUUAUGGCAAUUGGAUUAUCUGCACUUAUUCUGGGCUUAUGGCCUAUGCAUCUGAUUUGGACAUACUACUGCAUUAUCAGAACUAAGCUGGUGGGACCUGUCGUAAAGUUUCUGCUUCUUAUUGCUGCUACUGCAAUCUUAAUCAUAUGGCUGAUAAUUGGCAUCCCGGGAAGUGUAUUUGCUGGAUUAGUAUAUGGUUUUCUAGCACCCAUAAUGGCAACAUUUGGAGCAGUUGGAGAAGGCAAAGAAAAGCCAUUCGUUCAUUGUUUUGUGGAUGGAACAUGGAGUACUAUCACUGGAAGUUGUACUGUAGUCAGGGAUGUGAAAGACAUGCUUUUCCACUCCUAUUUUUCAAUUAUGGAUGACCUGCGUCUGCAGAAGCGUCCUGAUGGAAAGCCAUAUGAGAUAAGAUUGCUUGAUAUUCCUGGGGCGUUGAUAGCGGCUGCAUGUGGACUCCUACUUGAUGGAAUAAUGUUCACAUUAAUUGCCUUCUACAAGUGCCCUGUGAUGCUUUUCAAAGGAUGGAAACGGCUGAUACAGGAUAUGAUUGGUAGGGAAGGACCUUUCUUGGAGACAGCGUGUGUGCCAUUUGCUGGUCUUGCUAUUCUUCUUUGGCCAUUUGCUGUAGUUGGAGCUGUUCUGGCGUCCAUCCUCUCCAGUAUUCCUUUAGGUGCUUAUGGUGCAGUUGUGGCUUAUCAGGAAUCCUCCUUCAUCAUGGGUCUUGCCUAUGUUGCUUCGUCAGUGUCCAUCUUUGAUGAAUACACAAAUGAUGUUCUUGACAUGGCACCAGGUUCUUGCUUUCCAAGAUUUAAAUAUCGCAAGAGCAAGGAUGAGUCUUCACACGGACACAGUGUUCCGAUAUCUAGGCCAUCAUCAUUCAACAAGGAGAAGCAAGAAGGAAAAAGACCUCCAUCUCGUGUUACUUCAUUUAAAAACAGUAUCGAUGAGUUCAAUCCUUUCAAGUUGCUGGACCACCUAUUUGUGGAGUGCAGGAACCAGGGGGAGGAGUUGGUUAACAAAGGAGUUAUAACAAUGAAAGACAUCGAAGAAACGAAGUCAGGCAAAGUUGGGAGUGGUGUUCUUAAUGUUGGUCUGCCAGCAUAUGUUAUCCUGAAUGCGCUCCUUCGGUCCGCAAAAGCUAAUUCUGUCGGCCUAGUUUUAAGUAACGGCUCGGAGAUUACAUCUGACAAUAGACCUAGACAUACUCUCUUCGAUUGGUUCUUUGAGCCGCUUAUGGUUAUCAAAGAGCAAAUCAAGGCUGAGAAUUUCACUGAAGAAGAGGAGGAAUAUCUGAAAAUGCGUGUACUGCUGGCUGGUGAUCCCAGUCGCCUGAAGGGUGCUCUUCCUAAUAUGCCAUCCUUGAACGAGCGUAAAAACGCAGAAAUCGACGCAUUUGCCCGCAGAUUGCAAGGAAUCACCAAAUCAAUAUCAAGAUACCCUACAGCAAAGCGUCGUUUCGACGUCCUUGUGAAGGCGCUGCUGUCGGAGCUCGAGAGGACAAUGGGCGGCAGCCAGUCUACUAAUGGAUCCCACUCCCAGGCGCAGAGGCUGCGGAACUCGGUGGCCCGGAUGCUGAGCCAGAAAUCCAUGGGCAAGACGGCUAACAUCAGGGACGAAGACCCAGAAGCGCAAAUAACAACCUCGUCUCGCACUCCGUGACAUUUGUAAAUUCGACGAUGCAGUACGAUGCUAGUGUAGAGAGGCUUUCACAUGCAACGCCAAGCUUUGUACAAAAGUAGUUGCUGCGGCUUUGAGCUGAUUCUAACCGUUCUCCUGUAUGAUUUUUACAUUUUGUGCACUGUAUGUAUCAUGUAUGCAAUGAAAUGUUCCAUAA